AUGACUCUGAGCAUUAUCAGGGACCCCCUGAGGGCAUCCCUGCUUAACAGGUUUUUUACUGCUGCUUUUGUUUCCCUCUUUUUUUUCUCGGAGACCCCUCCAACCAUGGCCAGCCGUGCGGAUAUGGCCUCAGCUGCAAGUGCUUAUGGACCCCUAUGGGAAGGUCUUCAUAAAGGAGAGCUGCAAAAAUCUUUCUUAAACCGUGCCUCUGAAACUCCCGCUAUUGCUGAUGAGUCCACAAAUGCAGACUCCUCCGCGAAAACACUGGAUGGCCCCUUGUGGCGAUUGUCUGUGCCUCUGUUUUCUGGCUACACGAGGAUUCAGUUUUGGAACUUUCCUGCCUAUGUGCAGUGGCUGAUUUGCGUAUCAUUCUUGUGCUUACUAGGGUCUCUCCUGACGUUUUUGUGGCCACUUUUCUCUCACCUUUCCCAUUAUUAUGAACCCAAAUUGCAGCGCAUGAUCUGUAGAAUUGGGUGCGCCAUGCCUCUAUUUGCCAUUCUUUCAUCCGCAGCAUGUAUCUCCGUGUUGACAGAACUGGGGGUCUCUCAGGUGAAUUUCUUCGAUUCCCAUCCACUUGCGAGAACCCCCCAAGGCAUUAUCCCCUUGAGAGUCGUUCAACCUGAGACUGUACCCACCUGGACAGCAGCUGCAGCUGUCCAGGACACUGCUGAGUCUUUAGAAGCAAACCGCGAACUGGCAAUGCAAGGACCUGAUGGAAUAGACCAUAUUAUGUGGGGGGCCCCCUUAAGGGAACUCGCGUCUUCACCCAACUCGGAAGAAGUCUCGUUUGCUAAAGCACCGCAAAGGAGUUCCCGCGCGGGCUUACACCUGGCUUCCUCCUUGGUUUCACCGCCAGAGUCUCACAAACCCUCCUCCACAGCCGAGCACACGGCAGAGGACCCCUCUGGAGUUCCCCUUCUACAUAAGGAAGCCUUUACCCGGGAAUCUUAUUAUUUGCAGCAGCAGCUCUUCUUUGAGCUGGGAAAGCAGCUGGUGCAGAGUACCGCCCUGUACUCCUUCUCGUCUCUAAUGAUCAACAUAUGUGGUGGCUACCGGUGCCUAUCUCUGACUCUGGGGUGCGACGGCCAUGCCGUCCCCUUUGUAUUUCCAUUUUCAUAUUGGCUGCCUCCUUUCCUCCCAAAUCCCCGGGCCCUCCGAUCCCUGAAGCUGGGAGUUAUGCAAUUUGUCUUCGUACUGCCCCUCUGGUCAGCUGCAAGGCUCCUUGCAGAUCAAAACGUGUCAAAUGACCAGAGUCGCCUAUAUGCACCAAGCACGCACCAUUCUACACGCACCAAUACUGUUGCUACAAGCCCGUGGGUGCCAGUCGGCAAUUCAGAUUCAGAAAACGUCUUGAAGAAGAAAGCAUCAGACCAAGGAGCCUCACAGAGGAAAUAUUCAGGGUUUGGGGGGAGUUAUAUGCCUCCCGGGGUGAAAGCAACAAUCCCAUAUGCGCGAAGGCAGGGCUCAGAAGGAGGCGGCGCAGUAGAUGCAAACAAACAAAAAGCUCAAUUAACCACCUCAAGUAAAAAAAGCCUUCGAGUUCAAUCCUCAUUAGUAUCAGACGGAAAGGAAGCACUCCCUGUAAAUGGGAAAGGCGACUUGGGCCAGGAUGCAGAAGAAAACAGUGAAACAGUGUUUAGACCGUCUCCUCAUGUGCUUAUUGAGGCUGUGCUUGCAACAUUAUUAUCUUUGUCCAUGUUCACUUCCAUGCUCUCCCUGUCUCAGUUCUAUCUCAUCACUGAACCAUAUCUGCUGCCAUACAAUCCCCAAAACAAAUUCUUCCUUAUUAAGCUCCUUGUUUUCACCAACAGCUGGCAACGGCUCAUCAUUGGCAUCCUCGCCUUGCUUGGAGUUCUCCCUAGCGUCGGGGGCGACACUGGCAUUGAUAUCCAGCAGGGUAUUGACCUCUAUCACAACAUGCUAAUGAACAUCUGGGCUCUGCUUUUUAGUGUGAUGCAUUGGCGCUGCUUUCCUGUCGCUGAACACCUCCCUGAGCCAGACGAAGACAACGUCGCCUACUUAGACAAGCCCAAAACGCCUUCUGUGAUGCACGCGUUGUUGGAUGUCUGUUUCUCGGUGGAUUUGAUUGUGGAUGCCCAAGAGGCGGUCUUGACCCCACAGAUGUCCCUAGACAGGGCCUACUCCCUUCUGCGCCAGCAGACCGCCCACAAUGCAGUGUUUUUCAGAAACCUUAAAGAGAAGGAGGAUACAGACACAGGUCCCAAAGGGGCAGAUGCUCCAGGCGGACAGGCAAACAGAUCCUACGAUGACACAGCAGGAAGAGAUGGCCCGACUCAUAUGGUUGAAGGAGACAGCUGUCAACCCACGGAGGUUCCUGCAGAGUCUCCGACAGACGGAGCUUCAAUGACAUCUAGAUCCAGACUUAUUUCAAACGAGGAAAACGAAGAUACACGAGAUGAUGCUUGGCAGGAGUCGCUGCACCCAUGGAGAGGGACUCCCAGAGACGUGUGGCUUUCGCUCUGGGCUGGAAGGCUCCCUGCUUCCCCGUUUGCAUCAUCAUCUGUGUCUCAACACCAAACACCUGCUUCUCCGCUAUUCAGCUGCAGCAGCGACGAUACUGCUAGUGGUACUGCUUCUGCUGCUCUUGCCGAAGCAGCAACUUUGGGUAGCUUCAAGAGUAAAACUGCCAGGGAAGCUGCGAGGGCUCGCUUCGCUGCACUCUCAUGCCCAUCCUCCCCAUAUAGCACUGAUCCAGCAGUGGCCCUUGCCAUAGCACUUGGCGACGCUUCCCCUGCCUAUCCUCUAUCUCUAUCCUUCCUUUCGACUCGUCUCUCAGCCAACCCGCUCCCUCGCAGCAGCAGUAAUUACAAAAGCUGCAGCAGUGGCACCCAAAUCAUUCCUGCUGCGCGCGCUCCUGUACGGAGGGCUUCAUCGAGCCAGCUGAUGGGGGAACAGCUGGAGACUGAAACCACGCGCAAUGGCCGCAAGCACUCUGCACCACCAAAAGGGCCCAUGCGAUUUGUUCAUGCGGCGAAAGACGGCCAGUAUUGCGCUCCAGGAGAGCUCCGCGAGAGUCUUCGAAGAGCAGAAGUCUCCAUGGAGGCCUUUAGAAUGGUGGAUAUCGAGGAGGACACAGAGUUACCUUUCGUAAGUUCAUCUUCACAAUAA